CAUCCUUCCACUUGUUCUCUAUAUCAGUCAGCCCUAUUCUGAGUUUAGUCCAAAUCAGAGAGGUAAUUCUAGGAUCUACGAAGCGAAAGCGCCGCAGAUUUGGAUUCGGGUUUUUAAUUUUGUGGAUUCAAGCAUCCAAGUAAGAACUUAAAAUGGCUGGUCAUAGAGUUGCCCAUGCCACUUUGAAGGGACCAAGCGUUGUGAAGGAGAUACUCAUCGCCACUGCACUUGGCAUUGCUGCAGGCAGUGUGUGGAAGAUGCACCACUGGAACGAGCAGCGGAAGGUUAGGGCUUUCUACGACAUGCUAGACAAAGGUGAAAUCACCGUGGUUGUUCCAGAAGAAUAGAUAUUCUCUGAAACAAAAUAUUGAGUGGUUAUGCCCACCUAUUGUUUCUCAUACUAGAGGGCUUGCCUGGUCCGAAUUCAAUCAAAUAAAGACCCACUUGGUUUAUGUGGAUCAUCACAGGAUUACUUUCUUGAUUUUGGUUUAUGUUGUUAUCAACUCUUGUUUGUCGUUUCCCUGUUUUAUAGAUUGGCAUAAGGUGUCACAACUUAACAUUUGGAGUUAUAUUUCAUCAGCUCUUUGACCUAGUGAAAUCCCAUUAUAAUUUUUAA